GGGUAGUUGGGUGCCAGAACUUAAGAACUUCCUCGUAACCAUUAUCGAGCAUCAGUGCGGCCGCCAAGGUGGAGAAUAGCCGUCUUCUGCGGUUCGCUCUAGUUAUUAGCUCCUUCCGCAAUGCUGUCAAUCUCAAAGCGUUGAGGGUGGGCCCUUCAAAUGGUGUGCAAAGAAAGGCGCCUCUUGUCCCGGAGCAACAUGCAGCUCGAGUCCUCCAGAGUGCCUGCUUUCUGAUGUCAAUUCUCUGAUGGCCUUCCGGGUGGCAGCUUCUGUUGGCACCAGAGCUUGUGGUUGCAAAAUCCGAGUGACGACCUGCGCCCUGGAUGUAGGCCAGAGAGUUUUAUCCCCAGCAGGGUUGCCGCCUUCAAGGCAUCUCAAUCGCUCCAGCAAGAUCUACAGGACUGGGCAGCCAGGGCAGCAUUCUCCAAAAGUCGAGCCAUCCCUACAGGCGAGACUUGAGGAAGGCGGGAAAAGUCUUCUCUUUAGUGGCAGUCAUCACAAGACAGCAGAACUGGGGUGCAAAGUUGGGAGCAGAACCUGGCACUCGCGCAGUGGAGCUGACCAAAUGGUGGUGAACACCGCUGAGCAGGAAUCUACCAAGAGGAAGCUGCCUGUCCUCCUGUUCGACGUGAUGGAUACCUUGAUACGGGACCCUUUCUAUGAGGAUAUGCCCAAGUUCUUCAAGUUGACUUUGAAAGAGUUGUUUGCGGUCAAGCAUCCGACCGCAUGGAUUGAGUUUGAGACGGGGUUGAUCUCAGAGGGAGAGCUCCUCAGCAAGUUCUUUAAGGACGGCAGGGACUUCGAUUUGACGGGCUUGAAGGACUGCGCCUAUGAAGGCUACCGGUGGAUCGAAGGGUGCGAAGAUCUGUUGCGAAGGGUUCAGGAAGCUGGGUACGAAGCUCAUGCGUUCACAAACUAUCCACACUGGUACAAAAUGAUCGAAGAGAAGCUGUCACUCUCGAGAUACCUGGACUGGACGUUCGUCUCUUGCCACACAGGGCGAAGGAAACCUGACUUGGAGGCCUUCAUGGAAGCAGCCACGACACUUGGAUUGGAACCACAGGAUUGUGUCUUCAUCGACGAUCGGUUGAAGAACGUAGAAGCCGCACAGGCAGUAGGUAUGGCAGGUAUCCUCUUUGAAAGUGCUUCGUCGUUAGAAGUAGAGCUAGAGAAACUGGGGAUAAGUCUAGAGUCGCAACCGCUUCAACCUUCGUUACCCUUAUGAUACUACCGAGUCAGUCAAUUCUUAGAAACUUAUAAUGCUUGUGGGCCCUGCAGUAGUAGCUGCAGCGCUCAGCACCUUCUUCGAAGGGGCCUUAUCGGAAAUGCAACGCAAGUAAGCUACUGCCAUGCAACCGUCGUGGCGGCAUGAAUAUAUAGCAUCUUUAAAUGGAUCGACCUGGU